CCCGAAAUAUUUUCUCUGUAACCAUGAAUCAUCUAGAGUAUAGUUCAUUUCGUUCAUGUAUGGAUUCUACUACAUUUCCCAUGAUUCCACACUGAGCGGAACAGGAAGCACGAGGCGGAAACAUGCGAAGAGUGAGCCGGCAGUCCUGUGAGGACGGCCCGCUGCUGGAGGAGCAGGAGACGGAGGGCCAGCGACAGCUCCACAGCCUCCUGCUGCAGCAGCUCCACACCGACGUGGACAUCCAACGAUGUGUAGCCAAGAAGCAGUGCUUCGCCCCAGCGGCGCUCUAUCGGCCGUUUGGCGAGCAGGCAGCCGGUGUGAGGAGUCUCACCCAGUUUCAGGCCCUGCAGGACGGGGAGACGGAGCUGGCCAGCCUCCGGGAGCUGGGACUGACCGACACCGAGAUCCAGCUGUGGCAGAGCAGAGACGCACCGGAGGGAGCCGAGAAGUCCCAUGGUGUGUGUGCGGCUCCAGGUGCGAAGCAGCAGCGUCUGCAGGUGAUCAGAGACAAGAUCGAGGCCCGUGCAGAGCUCAUGUCCCGCCCACAGCGCUUCGCCUCCAGCCGGCCGCUGUCACGCCGGGAGAUGGAGAUCGAACGAGCGCUUUUCCAGGGAAACGAUCGCCUGGGCUUCCUCACUGCACUUUACCACAGAGAUGAAGAGAACCAGGAUGGCCAGCAGGGGGAGUCGGCCUCUGAUCCAAUGGAUUCUCUGUACAGAGACGUUCUCUGCAGGGAGAGACAGCGGGACUCACAUCACGACUCUCAGGGAGAAACAGCCAAAACAUCCAACACGUCGACACACAGGACUGAAUCUGACCAAUCACAGGACUCACAGAAGGACAGCAGCCAAUCGCAUGAAGCGUCCGACCUUCAGUCAGAGCCUCAGGGUGAAACCGGGUGUUUGUCUGAGCAGUCAGAGUGGAGUUCAGUCACCUCAGAGCGGCAGCCGGCUCGGGACAGAGCGGCUGCUCCGGCGCAGAUAAAUAUCAAACAGCCAAUCGGCAGUCUGCGCGGAGCAGGGGCGGCGAGGUCAGAGGGGCCGCUGACUCUCCGAGGGGAGAUAGAGACGAUCUCAGACGAAGAAAUCCUCAACAACCGAGAAUCUGAGGAGGGGAUCAGGAGCAUCCCGAGGUUCAGAAACUACCAGCCGGGGAAACCGUCCAAGGUCCUGUGUGUGAAGAACCUGAGUGCACAGGCAUCAGUGUCCCAGCUGGUGGCGCUGUUCUCCAGGUUUGAGCAGGAGAACGGAGCGCCAGUCGUUUACCGCCUGCUGACAGGACGGAUGAAGGGUCAGGCCUUCGUCACUCUGCCAGACGCUGAAGCGGCCGACAGCGCCCUGCGGUUGGUCCACGGAUACCGUUUACACGGGAAACCUUUGGUGGUUGAGUUUGGCCGUGAGCGACAGGAAGAGGGGAAACAGACGGAGCAGGAAGUGCAGGAGGGGAAUAAUUAAGACUUUAGUGUGUGUUUGUUCCUGACAACAACCUGAAGCCUCGUCGAGAUGUGAAUAACAGACGCAGGUGGAAGUUCUUAAGUGUCUUAUUUAAGUUUCAGAAUCAUGACACUCUCUCCCAGUUUGACUCAUUAAAUACUGUUUUUUUUUUUUUACAAACUAAUAUUUCUGAUCAUCUUUUCUGUGCUCUAUUUAUAACAAUUAAAAGAAGCUGCCUUAAAAACAUUACAAAUAGAA